GUUAUUUGUAACCCAGCAACUGUCCCAGUGAGUGACCAGUUGAACAAAUCCUAUUAAUGGCACCAUUAUUGAAUCUGAGGAACUCGGUAGAGACCUCCGUCUGCAACAUCCCUGAAGUCAAACCGAGUGCAGAGCACUUUAGUUUUUCUUUAGCUUCAUCGCGAUAGUAUUUAAAACGAGGUUUCUCCGAGGAGAAAACAAAAACAAAACAAGGGUAAUCAAAUGCUUCUCUAGAUUCGAGAAUAACAAUCGCUAAAUGUAUUUAACGGAUGCCGUGUCGUGGUUCCUCAAACGCAUCCCAGGCAUGGAUUGUGACACGCAGAGGUUCUCUUUGCGCAGGCGCGCCAGCACGUCUCCUCCCUCUACCUGAGAAGAGCGCACCUGGAUCCAACGAGACGGAAGUUCUGUGAAAGCCGAUCUCAGAGCGACUCUGUUUGGGGUUUUUUUCCUCAGGGAAAGGUUUCUUCGGAGUACAAGCAACUAACAGAAGGUCUCCAGUCGAAGCAGGAUGCCAUUGGUUGACGUUUUCGAGAACAAUUCAAAAGUCUUUCCCAACUGAAGUCUAUUUUCAGCGUCUCGGGCCCAACGUCAGUCAGCAGCCUGCUCUCCAUCCGAGAAGAAUGAUCAGUCUGCGCAGGGUGCUCCGGAGGCGACUGCACCCGGUCAAACUGGCCGCAGUGGCUCUGGUCUUCGUCACGUUCGUGUUCCUCAUACAGUGGGAGGUUGGGAGCCAGAGCCAACAGGAGGACCCGUGGCUGAAGGAGAUGGCGGUGAAGCGGGAUGCCGUGCUGGGCAUGGUGAUGGGAGCCGUCAAUAACUUCAGGGACGUGAUUCCAAAGAUGCAGAUCAGAGCCCCCGUGCGCCAGCCGGACAGCGCGGACGGCGUGUCCUGUCUGCCGGGUCACUACACCGCCGCCGAGCUCAGGCCAGCUCUGGAGCGGCCGCCCCAGAGCCCCAGCGCCCCCGGAGCCGCCGGCAGAGCUUUCCACACGGAUACGCUGACCCCGGAGGAGCAGAAGGAGAAGGACCGCGGCGAAGAGAAGCACUGCUUCAACCUGUACGCCAGCGACCGCAUCUCCCUGAGCAGAGACCUCGGACCAGACACGAGACCCCCAGAAUGUAUCGAGCAGACCUUCAAGCGAUGCCCCGCCCUGCCGACCACCAGCGUUAUUAUUGUGUUCCACAAUGAGGGUUGGAGCACCCUGCUGAGGACCGUGUACAGUGUCCUCCACACCUCCCCGGCCAUUCUCCUCAAGGAGAUCAUCCUGGUGGACGACGCCAGUGUGGAUGAUGCGUUGAAGGACGGGCUGGAUGAGUACCUGAAGCAGCUGAACAUCGUUCGAGUGGUCCGCCAGCGAGAGCGAAGGGGACUCAUCACCGCCCGGUUGCUGGGCGCCUCCGUGGCCACCGGGGAAACCCUCACCUUCCUGGACGCCCACUGUGAAUGCUUUAAUGGAUGGCUGGAGCCCCUUCUGGCAAGGAUAGCGGAGAACUACACCGCAGUAGUGAGCCCCGAUAUAACCACUAUUGAUCUCAAUACUUUUGAGUUUACGAAACCGUCGCCGUACGGCCAGAACCACAACCGGGGCAACUUCGACUGGGCCUUGUCUUUUGGCUGGGAGAGUCUACCAGAUCACGAGAAACGAAGGAGGAAAGAUGAAACAUUCCCCAUUAAGACCCCCACGUUCGCUGGUGGCCUCUUCUCCAUCUCAAAAGAUUAUUUCUACCAUAUUGGAAGCUAUGAUGAAGAAAUGGAAAUCUGGGGUGGAGAGAAUAUUGAAAUGUCCUUUAGGGUCUGGCAGUGCGGGGGACAGCUGGAGAUCAUUCCCUGCUCUAUUGUGGGUCAUGUUUUCCGCACCAAGAGCCCCCACACCUUCCCCAAGGGCACCCAAGUAAUUGCUCGUAACCAGGUUCGACUGGCUGAGGUAUGGAUGGACGGCUUCAAGGAGAUUUUCUACCGUCGUAACCACCAGGCUGCGCAGAUGGCCAAAGAUAGGGCCUUCGGAGAGAUCUCCAAACGCCUGGACCUCCGUGCGCGGCUGCAGUGCAAGAGCUUCUCGUGGUAUUUGAAGAACGUUUAUCCAGAAGUCUUCAUGCCUGAUCUCAACCCACUCCGCUUUGGCUCAAUAAAAAAUGUCGGCAAAGACGCAUGCUUGGAUGUUGGAGAGAACAAUGAGGGUGGGAAACAGCUCAUCGUUUAUCCGUGUCACGGACUCGGAGGGAACCAGUAUUUUGAGUUCUCCACCCACCACGACAUAAGGCACAACAUACAGAAGGAGCUGUGUUUACACGGGGCAGAGGGGACCGUGAAGCUGGAGGAAUGCCAGUAUAAAGGCGGCAGCACAUCUGUGGGAGCGGCGCAGAAAUGGGAACUGAAGGAGAACCAGUUAUUCUACUUGCCAGAAUGGAACAUGUGUCUGAGUGCCAGCCAGAAGCACCCUUCUCUGGCCCUCUGCAACUCCACAGACCGACACCAGCUCUGGACCUUCGUCUGAGUGUGAAAGCUACACAGCCGCUCGACGCAGGUACACCCUGCUGUGUGGAGCUAACCUGCAGUGAGAUGACGGUUAGUAUUUAUUUUUAUAUGUAGAAGAACUGUACUGCUGCUGGGAAAUUUGGACUUUGGGAGAAAGCACAGUGUGCCACUGCUGGAGGAAAGCAUUGAACCGAUGCUCCAAAUCGGACUGGGAACUGAGAUUUCUGGAAAGGAUGAAGAUGCACAAGUGCCCUUUUGUUUUGUUUUUUCACUACUGCAAGUGUUUUCAGCCCACAUGUGCAGUAUUGGGUUUAUAAAGUUGACACUGCAGAUUUUCCAGUAAGACACACAAUAUCUAAAAAAACCUUUUAUUUUUUUUAUUUUUUGUAUGAAAUAUAAAUGGGGUUCAAGACAAAAAUCCCAAAUGUUAUGCACCAAAGAGACUGACAUGCGGGGUGAAUUGUCCCCUUUUUAUAAUACCUUUUAAGAUAAUGCAAAAACCUCAUUUGCAAUCAUCGGGUGCCUUAAAUGUGAUUUUAUACUGUGAGGAGGGAGUGCUGGCAAGGGGGGGCGCGAGAGGGUUCAUGCAGUUUCCUGUUGAUGUAGAAUAGAAGCUUCUACUUUUUUUCUUUUUUUAUCAAGGCAUUUUCAAAUCAGGAUCGAAGUGAAUAGACUGAUUUAAACUGGCUUUUGAUUAAGAAACCUUUGCAGGAAAAAGAUUUCAUAACGUCUUUACAAUUAGCUAUAAUCAAUGCAGUCUAAAAUAAUCACAGUUAGUCAUCCCUUCACCAAGGUGAUGCGAUUCUGUUAAAACAUUUUGAUGUGUUUCUAAUAUGCCCAACACAUUUAUAUUAUUGCGGUAAGAGUAAAGAAUACACCUACCUGUAGAAUUUAAGUUGAGACUCAAUUAGAAUGUAGUAGUUAGAUCAAGGUGUUCCUCAUAAGCUGUGCAAAAUGAUUGUAGACCUAUUUUUGGAGUUUGGACUUUCAUUAUGAGAGAGAGAGAGAGAGAGAGAGAGAGAGCUGCUCCUUUAACACAAAUAUACAAAGGAUUUGUACUUCAGGUGUUUAUUUCAAGGGCUCAUAACAAAACAUGUUGAUGAUUGAAAUUCAUUUUUAUUUGACCUAGAGUGCGUUACUAACAACUUACAUGUCAAACUUCACGAAUUACUUUCAAUAUGAAUUAUUCUUUUAAUUAGCGACAUUUUCUUUUAAAUUGUAUUCUUUGGUGUUCAUCACAUGGGAACUUUUAAUGUGACAUGAGUUCAACCAAGGAAUUCUAUCUGUUGAGCAAAGGUCUGAAACUCUUCCUCUACAUCUAACCCAGAGUCCACUAAUGAAUCUCUAGUGCAGGCACUGGUGUUCACAUGCUUGGUGUCUAUUUUUGUCUUGGUAUUUAGUCAUUUUUAGGUCAAUAAAUUGAGUUGGGUAGUACUGGAAGCUGAUUUUGUCUCAUUUCUCCCUGUGAUCUGCAGAGGGCGCUUUGCACCAAGAAAUAGCUCUCCUGAACAAUGCCUGGUAGUCAUUUUAAUCAAAUUUAUUUCAAAACCAUGUUAAAAAUGAAACAGAAAAUUAAACUUGCUCUAUCUACAGUUGGAAAACCAAACACAUUGAAAACAUUUUUACCAUUUUGUGCAAACGUUUGCAUUUUACAGAAUUAGAAAUAGAAAGGAAUAAAUUAGGCACAUGAAGCUUUUACAACUCACAACCAGCAUGUAACAAAAGACAAUUUCAAGAUAGUGAAGCAAUUUACUCAAUACAGACUUUAUAGUAAACCACAAUAAAUACACAUUUCAAUAUAUCAUUCAUAUUAAAUACUGGAAAAACAAAAAGCCAACACAGGAGUCUUAACUGGAUGCAGGGUCCAUGUAUCCAUACAUCUCACAAUGUACGCUUUGGCACAAUUGAUCUGUACUACCGGCUACGUUGAUGCCACUGAUUGCCUGAAAGCAGUCUGAAUAUUUCGUUUGUGCCACGCGGUAGCAUGAGAGGUCCCAGCUACUCGACAGUCAAACCAUAACCCUCAAAACUCUGGUAUCAGUCUUUCUAAUUAUAAAGUAUGGACCGAUAUUUGCAAGCUUGGAACGAAUAUCUGUAUUCAUGCAGGAACAGAGAGCUCGAGGGAAAGAACUUCAGCAGCAUACUUCACUAGUUCUAUUCGCUACAUUAUUGCAAAAAACCCCAGUUGUUGACUGCUUAAAGAUCUCAUAGAAGGUUGUUCAUAGAUUUUUGGUAAACAUUUUUCUCACAUCGGACUGUUAAGUCAAUGGCUCCUGAGAAUCCGGAGUCAUUGUGUAGCUGUUGGUUACUGAUAUGAAUAAUGUUUGAGUUUUGAUUGUCAACCUUGAACAUUUGCUUCCCCUGCAUGCAGAUUUUCAAACUAAUGGUGCUUUAGUUACAAUACCAAGUGCUGUGACAAUUAAGGAAGGGUCUUUCCACUUUAAUGAAGAUAUUUGCUUUUUAUACUUAUGGAAAUAUGUCAAAGUGCUACUUUUUAUUAAUAUCCCUGUUUCAAUGGAAAUCAAAGAAUUCAUCUGUAUUUGUAGAGGGACCUGCAAAUCAUGUUUUUUAAAGAGUAAACAGUGGAGACAAAAAAACAAGUGAGGGGACUUAUUCUUUUCUCCAUUUUAGUUAGAACCAAUUGCCACUGGACCCCCACACACAAGUCCAACAGGCUGUGGAUUGAUUUCUUGAUAUUUUGUGCUCUAGAUAUUGUAUUCCAAACAUCAAAAUAAGAAUUCAGGCUUUUCAUGCUUUAAAAAAAAAAACAGAAAAUAAUAUAGUGACAAAACAAUAGGUGAAAUGUACAUUAUGUACACAACACAUUUUCUAUAAAACAAUGCCUUUUCUUUUUUCCUAAAUGUCACUGAGAUUCCCAAAACAGCAUGCAUAUUGUUAUCAAAACAUUUACAUUAAGGAUA